AUGAAGUCGGAUGUUGUUGGUGAAAACAAAGCAAAGAAGUUUAAAGAGCUUCUGGACAAAAUGUGGUCAGACUAUGUUUCGGCAAACGCUCACAGCUCCAUAGAGCAAAACAAAUGGAACAAAGACGACAGUGUUCCAUUGACGAAGGACAUUGUUGCGCUGCAGAAUCACCUGAGGACUAUAGAGGACCAAGCCAUAGCCGACCUGAGGCAGAAUGUAACUGUGUCGUCAUACAAACAGCUUAGCGAAAGUCUUCUAGCUCAAGUGAUCGUCUUCAACAAAAAACGUGAAGGAGAAGCAUCAAGGAUCACACUGGAGACGUUUAAGAGCGCUGACACUGGUCACAUGAACAAAGACAUGAAACACUGUCACCUGUAG